CCGCGUUUGUAAAAGGCCGUGGCAGGCGAAGAGAGAGGAGGUGGGGCUGGAUUCCCUCCCUGUUGGUUGUUUGGCCUGAGGCGACCCAACACUGGAGCCUACCCGGGCUCUUUGGUGGGGCUAAUGGCGGACCCUGGGAGGGCUCACGCCAAGGAGUACUUCCCAGAACUUCUGCUGCCAGUGUCCUUGUCCUCAUGGUGAGCCACAGCCACCUCCCGCCUCAGCAGGAGACCCUCCAACACUAGCAGGUAUCUACCCAAGAGAAAUGAAGACAUUUGUCUACACAAAGACUUGCAUGUUAAUGUUCUCAACAGUGUUCGUGAUAGCCCUGAAGUGGAAGCAAUCCAAGUAUCUAUAAGGUGGUAAAUGGAUAAACAAAAUGAUAUAACCAUACAAUGGAAUACUGUUCAGCAAUAUAAAGGAAUGCAGUACUGAUAUAUGCUACGAUGGGGUCGCACCUUGAAAACACCAUGUUGAAUGAAAGAAGGCAGACAUAAAAGGCCACAUAUCGUAUGCUUCCAUCCAUAUGAAGUGUCCAGAAAAGACUGCCAAGGUCUCCACUUAGGGCAGUGGGAAUCUUUGACUGUGGAACAUUGGACAUGAGCUUUGCCAUUGGCUGGUUGAGAAGGAGAAGGCAGAAUGUCUGCAUUGUUACACCACAGAGCUCAAACUUCAGAAGACUUUGAGUUAAGCACAUGAUUAUGUCUUCGUCUGUCCUAUAUGAUCAUCACAAACUAAUGAAACACCUUUUAGGUCUUAUGAAUUCAGGUUACACUUUUUCUGGAUGCUCUGGCAACUGAUAGAGGACCUGUGAAAAAUGGAACCAAACUCUCUAAGGACAAAAGUCCCAGCUUUCUUAUCUGAUUUGGGGAAGGCCACAUUGAGGGGAAUCAGGAAGUGUCCCCGCUGUGGCACAUACAAUGGAACCCGGGGACUGAGCUGUAAGAACAAGACAUGUGGAACCAUAUUCCGGUAUGGCUCACGGAAGCAGCCUAGUGUUGAAGCUGUCAAAAUCAUAACAGGCUCUGAUCUGCAAGUCUACUCUGUGCGGCAAAGAGACCGGGGCCCCGAUUACCGAUGCUUUGUGGAGCUAGGUGUUUCAGAGACAACCAUCCAGACAGUGGAUGGGACCAUCAUCACUCAGCUGAGCUCUGGACGGUGUUACGUCCCUGCAUGCUUGAAAGCUGCCACCCAGGGUGUUGUGGAAAACCAGUGCCAGCACAUCAAGCUGGCCGUGAACUGCCAGGCAGAAGCCACCCCUCUGACGCUAAAGAGCUCGGUCCUGAAUGCAGUGCAGGCCUCCCCAGAAACCAAGCAAACCAUCUGGCAGUUGGCCACGGAACCCACAGGUCCCCUUGUACAGAGGAUCACUAAAAACAUUUUGGUGGUGAAAUGCAAGGCAAGCCAGAAGCAUAGUUUGGGGUAUUUGCAUACAUCGUUUGUGCAGAAAAUCAGUGCCAAAAGCUUGCCUGAGCGCCGUUUCUUCUGCUCCUGCCAGACUCUGAAAUCACAGAAGUCGAAUGCCUCCAAGGAUGAGGCGGUCCAGAGAUGCAUUCAUUUCUUUGCUUGCAUCUGUGCCUUUGCCAGUGAUGAGACAUUGGCUCAGGAAUUCUCAGACUUCCUAAAUUUUGAUUCCAGCGGUCUAAAGGAGGUUAUUGUGCCCCAGCUAGGUUGCCAUUCAGAAUCAACAGUGUCAGCUUGUGAGUCUACUGCCUCUAAGCCAAAGAAGAGGAAGAAGGAGGACGUAUCUGGUGCACAGACGAACAGUUCACUGCUGCCUCAAGAUGCAGUGAGCAGUAAUCUAAGGAAAAGUGGCCUGAAAAAGCCUGUGGUUGCUUCUUCAUUAAAAAGGCAGGGCUGUAGUCAGCUGUUAGAUGAGGCACAAGUGACCUUAUCCUUCCAAGACUGGCUGGCCAGUGUCACAGAACGCAUCCAUCAAACCAUGCACUAUCAGUUUGAUGGCAAACCAGAGCCACUGGUGUUCCACAUUCCUCAGUCCUUUUUUGAUGCCCUGCAACAGAGAAUAUCCAUAGGAAGUGCAAAAAAACGGCUUCCCAACUCUACCACAGCUUUUGUUCGCAAAGAUGCUUUGCCACUGGGAACCUUUUCCAAGUAUACCUGGCAUAUCACGAAUAUCCUGCAAGUUAAACAAAUCUUAGAUACCCCAGAGAUGCCUUUGGAAAUCACCCGGAGUUUUAUCCAGAACCGGGAUGGGACUUAUGAGCUGUUUAAAUGCCCUAAAGUAGAAGUAGAGAGCAUAGCAGAAACCUAUGGUCGUAUAGAAAAGCAACCAGUGCUGCGACCCUUGGAACUAAAAACUUUUCUCAAAGUUGGCAACACUUCCCCAGAUCAAAAGGAGCCAACACCUUUCAUCAUUGAGUGGAUCCCAGAUAUUCUUCCCCAAUCCAAGAUUGGCGAGCUGCGGAUCAAGUUUGAGUAUGGUCACCACCGCAAUGGGCAUGUGGCGGAGUACCAAGAACAGCGGCCCCCCCUGGACCAGCCUUUGGAACUGGCCCCUCUGACCACCAUCACUUUCCCUUGAGGCAAAACAAAAGAGUCUUUCGCUGCUAAAUUUGCACAUCCCCACCCUUUGACAACUUUAAAUACUAGUUAGGCACUUAGAUGGCUCUGUUCCUUAGUGAACUACUCUUAGGUAAUAUGCGGUUUCUCAACACAUUCAAGUGGAUUCUGUUGAAGAAAAACUCUUCUUGUACAUAGCCCUUUUGGUGCUGCUGUGUAUAGUCUUCAUUAUAAAUUGGGUGGUAUUCCUGGCUAGUUUUUAAAGGAACAAAAAGAAAACCAGCCCACAUACCUUCUCGAAGGACUCACCUUUAGAGUUUGUUUCAACCUUUUCCUAAUUCUCUAAGAAGUUAGCAGCACUCGCCUUACACCAACAGUGUUGGAAAGUUAAUAAUACCCUGGUUAGGGCAGAAUGUUGACGAUCAUCCUGGCAGAAUUCCAGUCGUGCCCUUUCAUUCUUUUCUCAAAGCACAGUGUCACUCGUUUUUCCAAAUUAUAUCUCAUGUUGGCCUAAUUAUAAAAUUAUACACCUUUCGGGAGAUUUAGGUGAUAGUCAAACAGGAAAAAGAGAUCCAGGUGUCAAGGCAGUAUUUGACAUUUCAAACUAAUGCUUGUAAUUGCUUGUUUACUUGAUUUUUCUUUCCUUCUUUACUCUCCAAAAAGUUUAACAGGUGGUAAAAUUCAAUUCCUAUUUUUUAAUUCAUUGAUCACAGAACGGAGAUACUGAAAGACACAGAAUGAAAGCCUGCCUUUAAGGAGAAAAGAAGGGAAUGAACAUGUCCUGUUUGCCUACUACAUCCCAGGCAUUUUCAUUUAGAUUCUCAUUUGAUCAUUUUUCUCAUUUAGUCCUCAUCAUUCUUUGAGUUUAGCCAUCACCCCUUCUUUUAUAAAUUUAA